UAUUUAUAAUAUAUACUUGAAAAUUGACGACGAAUGAUUUGCAUAAAUAAUAUAGAUCUCACGAGAAGUCCACUUGUUAAGACUGAUGACUUAUAAUUUAAAUGCGAUUACAUACAUCAUGUAAGAAUUCUUUGGUUUUAAUUGCUCUAUUUAUCAUAAUUCACAAGUCCGACGAGAGAGACGUUUAUCGCUUAUCAAGAAACAACCUUGUGAUAUCAUCUAGCUUGCUUGAGAUUAAUCGUCACAAACUAUACUUGAGCUAUCACACAUCCAGCAUGAUAAUGUUCGCACAUAUAUAUAUAUAGAUUAUAUGUGAAACCGCAUCAGCGGUGAUUGCUACUGUUGCGGCUGUGUUCCUACGCUGGCUACGCUGCGUCGUUCAGCAGUUGCGGCCGAGAAUCGGCGCGAGAUACUUCGCGGAUACGUGCUACUUCUCGUUCUGUGAAAGAAAUAAAGGAUUCAUUAGCGCUUGGAACUUACAACCGUUCACAGCGAAUAAAAGUUACUUAAACUUCCUAGUUCACCUGAACGCAUGUAAAAAAGUGCAGCGCUAAAAGUUCGCUACACUCGGUUGACGGAGUAUCUCGAAGAUUCUUGUGAUAUUCGUUGACGAGCUAGUUGAUGUAUAAACGUGUUAAUUGCUUGCUGACGAACGAGGGACGAAGCGUUUUUUAAACGAGAUGGAGGCCAAUGACAGAAACGAAGUGUCGACGAGGAUGCUCGAUGAUUGUUGCCGAAUUCACCUGGCUGAAUCCGAGAAAUUGAUGGGAACCGAGAAAACGACGCCAAAUUUGCGAUUGUGCAUCGAACUUAACGAAAUCUGUUACUCAGCUGGUCGAGGCAACAGCAAGGGAACUGAGAAAACAAUUUUGCAUAACGUAUCGGGAUGCUUUGAACCUGGAAAAGUGACGGUGAUAAUCGGUCCAUCCGGUGCGGGGAAGACAACAUUAUUGAAAAUUGUGUCGGGUGAGCUAUUGUUCAACGUUAGAGGUACCAUCACCUCAAAUGGCGUUGAACGAAACCGGGGAACAUUUCGCAAACAGCUAUGCUACGUGUCGCAGCAAUUUGAUCUAUUACCUUUUCUCACGACGAAGGAAACACUCUACAUAGCGGCCCGUUUAAAACUUGAUGCUAGCCAAAGUAAACAAGCAAUCUAUUUAAUUGUGAACGAGAUCGCGGAAAAUUUCGGCUUGUCAAACUGUUUGGAUACUUUGGCGAGCAAACUAAGUGGUGGUGAGCGGAAGAGACUUUCAAUUGGUGUAGAAAUGAUCACCAAACCGUCCGUUUUAUUACUAGAUGAACCGACAAGUGGUCUCGAUAGUGCGGCGUCCAAUCAGCUCAUUAGCGUACUGCAUGAUAUGGCAAAGGCGAACUGCACAGUGAUUUGCGCGAUACAUCAACCUAGCAGUCAGAUGAUUUCGCGAUUCGAUGACAUCAUGGUGCUCGAUCGAGGAAGAUGCAUGUAUUGUGGGCCAAAGAGCGAGAUCCUAAACGUGUACAGUAGCGCCGGAUUUACGUGUCCUCCCUUCUACAACAUAGCCGAAUUUGUUCUUGAAGUAAUAACUGAGCAGAGGGACGGAGAUUUGGAGAAUCUGUAUAAGAUCUGUUGUGAGGAAUACGAGAAAUUCAGAUCACACAAUGAAUAUUCGAAACCUAAACACGACGAAGCGAAUUCGUUGAUUGCUUCCAAACAGGAUUUCGAGAGUGACGAUGUACUUACAAGCAAUAUAAAACAAGGUCCGUCGACAUGGCAACAACAAAGAAUAUUAUUUUUAAGAGCUCUAAUUUGCAUCAAGCGAGAUAAUACCCUGACAAAACUGAGAUUAGCGGCACAUAUUGUAGUGGCACUAUUGUUAGGGAUGGUUUUUUAUGACUUUAGUGAUGACGCAGAAAAAGCAAAUAGCAACAUCGCUUGUUUGUUCUUCCUUUUGCUAUUCUUAUUUUUCGCUAAUUCCAUGCCAGCAGUACAGAUGUUUCCCAUGGAAGCAGCAGUAUUCCUGCAGGAACACUUAAAUAAUUGGUAUUCUUUGAGAUCUUACUACAGCGUAAAGAUAUUGACGGAUCUCCCGAUGCAAAUACUUUGCUGCUCAUGUUUCCUGUUCAUAUCAUAUUACUUGACAGGACAACCAAUGGCUGUUGAUAGAAUUUUCCAAGCAUGGAGCGUUUGCGUGUUAAUUACAAUUCUCGGACAAACAGUCGGGAUUCUUACGGGUGCGGCUUUCAAUACUCAGAUAGGUAUAUUUUUAAUACCGGCAUUAAGCAUACCGUUAUUGCUGUUUGCCGGAUUUUUCUUAAAGUUGGGAGAGAUAGCGGUGUAUCUGCAACCUUUGAGCACAAUAAGCUUCUUUAGAUACGCAUUCGAAGGCAUGAUGCAAGCGAUCUACAGCAAUCGACCGAAUUUAUCAUGUCCGGAAAUAUAUUGUUACUUACGUUCUCCAAGCGAGAUUCUUUCGAGGAUGGACAUGCCAACAGUGUCGUUUCAUGUAAUUUUAAUAAUACUCGGUUCUUGGAUAUUCUGUUUACAUAUAAUCAUUUACGCAGUACUUUCUUGGAAAAUUUAUUAUGUGAGAAAAUGACGUACAAAAUUAAUUUCGAGAUGUACUUAUGUGACACUUAAAGAAACUACUUCAUGACAAAUAAUUAGCUAUCUGAUGGGUAUAAUAUUUUUAAAAUACAGUGAAGCGGUAGAUUGGUGUAGGAAAGAGGAGACUAUAUAUAAUUAUGUGGAUUUAAAUAAAUAUAACGCUUUUUACUUUUUGUAA